CCCCUUUCCCCUCACUACUCGCUCAGCAUGAGGUCUGAAACUUGUUUUUUGAUCAUUGUUUCCCCGCCCGAGUUCUCUUACCGCGGGAGAAAAAAAAGGACCCAAAGAGGAGGGAGAUGGGGAGACCAAGAGCAGCCAAAUUAAAGAGGGAGGGAAGGGGAGCACACAGCCAUGUUUGAGGAAUAUGAAGAAAACAUACUGUUGAACUAUCUCUGUAUAACCAGUGGAGCGUAGGACAGGUCACAUGUUGGAUGUUUGUGGAGCCAGUUCACUUUUUACUGAGGGUAUGGUCGGUGCAGCGGAGCUGCAGUAGGGAUUCCAGGUCUUGACUGAAGAUGCGGGUCGGUGUGUGGCUUCUCUGGGUGUCCUGGUUCUACACCUGGGCAGAGUUCUCGCAGAGGUGCGAGUGCCAAGACGCGUGUCCAACAGAGUCAGGACUGGACAGGAGGUCAAAGAGCCGGGUCAAGGAGCAUGUUGGUCACGGUGUGGGACACAAGCGCACGGCUCACAGGAGCAGGCCGCACCGCAAAAAAGGUUCCAGAGUUCAUGGACAGGAGACGCCGCCCCGCAUCGUCCACCACCCGGCUGACGUGGUGGUGAAAGUCGGGAAUCCCGCCACGCUCUCCUGCCGGGCGGACGGCAGCCCCACGCCAACCAUCGAGUGGCUGAGGAACGGACAGCCUCUGGAGACGGGGGGAGACGGACAGCUGCAGCCCAUCGUCUUAUCGGAGGGGAGCAUCUUCUUCUUGAGCGUGGGAGGGGGCAGGAGAGGUCAGGCGCACGAGGGCGUCUACACCUGCGUGGCCAGGAGCAGUGCAGGCACGGCCACCAGCCGCAACGCAUCGCUGUACAUCGCAGUGUUGCAGGAGGAGUUCAGUUUGCAGCCCAGUGAUGUGGAGGUGGCAGAGGGGGAGGUGGCUGUCUUAAACUGUGGCCCCCCAAUGGGACACCCUGAACCGAAUGUCAUCUGGAAGAAGAAUGGCUUGCCCAUCAACAACACUGAUCACCACUACACAGAGCUGAGUGGGAGGCUCAUCAUCGCCCCUGCAGAGAAGACCCACUCUGGUGCUUAUGUGUGCGUGGCCAGCAACACCGGGGGAGUGAGGGAGAGCAGGGCGGCUCGGCUCUCUGUGCUGGCCAAGCCGGUGUUGGUGCUGAAGCCAGAAAAUGUGUCCGUGAGGAUGGGGGAGUCUGCCCAGUUCUACUGCCAGGCUACAGGUGACCCCCCGCCUGCUGUGGUCUGGAUCAGAGAGCAGGGGCCACUGCCCAAUGGCAGAUAUCUUGUAACCCCAGACCACACUCUCCAGAUCCACUAUGUGACAGCCCAGGAUGCUGGGAAGUACACCUGCACUGCUGUCAAUGAUGCAGGUGUGGUCACUGCCAGCGCACAGCUACUAGUUGAAGAGGCUACCAGCAGUACUCAGAGAGACCUCCACAAAGAGCUGUCAGCCUUGCGAGUUGCUCUGGAAAACGUCACCAUCGUGACCCCUGGGUCUAACAUAUCGCGAGUACAAUGGAAGCUCCAGUCCCUCCCAGCCCAGCCUCACUACCUCGACGGCUUUGAGGUGCUCUAUCGCUCUCUGCUGCCCGCCAGCUCCGACUGGGCAGCGAAAAAGGUGGCUCUGCCCAGCUUCCAGGCUCCUGUGGGCCCCUUGAAGAGGGGCUACAAGUACGAGUUCAAAGUUCGUCCCUAUGGCAGCAGCCUGUAUGGGAGGGAGAGCAACACCCGGCACCUCAGAGUCCCCGAGACAGUGCCCAGUGCCUCUCCACUGGCUGUGUCCAUAACAGUGAGCCAUGAGCAGAAUAACACCAUCCAUUUGAGCUGGGGGCCUCCUCCUCACGAAACCCACAACGGGAUCAUACAGGGUUACCAGGUGUUUUGUGUGGAGUCUGAGGAGCAGCAGUACCAAAACUGGACAGUGGACAGCGGCCAACACAACCUCGAAAUCUCCACCCUCAAACCAGGGAGACGGUAUUGGAUCACCAUUGCAGCUGUCAAUGGGGCUGGAGUGGGAAUGUUGAGCGACCCUCAUGGAUUUGUCAUCAACCCACAAAUUGGCGGUCCCCACGAGUCAGACGGCCAAACACGGGAUCUGUCCCAAGUCCUGGCCCUGCUUCAGGACCCGGUGUUGAUCGGCAGCAUUGGCGCCCUCCUGUGGUGCGUUCUGAUGGUGUCGGCUGUCUACCUCUGCAGACGCCACAGCAGGACAGGCCACCUGAUACCAGGACAUGGCAGGGCUAAAGGUUUGCGCAGACUAGCCGGUGAAGAUCUCAUCAUAAAACACAGGAUGGCAGCUCCAGACUCCCCUUGGAUCUCUGGAGGCUGGAGACCUGCCUUAAACCACAAGUAUCAGGACCUCUGGGCCCACGGUCAGAAACAUCCAGGACUCAGGGGCACCAGCCUCCCGGCCUCCUGGAAGGACCCUGGCCGCGUGGACUCGGCCGUCCCCAUUGUGACCGACAGCUGUGGCUUUUACGGCACUUUCUACGUGGACCUGAUGGGCAGCGGCCUCAAGACCUUCAACAGUCCCGGGUGUCGCCCCAAGAUGCCUCACGGUCCGCCCCAUCAGCAAGGAGCCGAGACCAUCCAGAUAUUCCCUCAGCCUGUCGCCAACACCCCACCCCUCGGGAGCCGGGAGGCUCUGCCGUGGAAACAGGCCAUACGGCCACAGCCCAAGAUGGGUGUGCUGAGGGAGUCGUGGGAAAAAAGCCACAGCAAGCAAGAGUUGCAUGCAGUGAACAGCGUCCCCAUAGUGCCGACCAGGAACCAGGCUUAUCCAUCCAGACUCUACAAACAGAGACUCAGUCACGUCCCAUCAGGCCGGCAUGAGUGUGAUAAAGUUACUGGCUGUCCUCGCAUGCUGCAUUACUCUGCAUCAUUACACCUAGUGGACAUGCUGCCCCCCCCACCACCAGUGCCCAUGGAGGACACCACGGACACACACAGCCUCACCUCAGAUGAAGGCUCCAGUCGUUCUACGAAGCUCACAGGGGACAUGGGCUCUCUGCAGUCAGUGUGUGCUGCGUCAGGCUGCCGUGGGCAGCAACGAGCCACCGACCACGGCUGCCCCUCCUACAGCCACCUGUCUACUACGCCCUAUUCCACGUCAGUGGAUGGAGAACAGGGCGGCACGCUGACGGCACAGGAAGCCGCCCAGUACCUGGAGCUCAGCCCGAAACCUGAGAGAUGCAGCAGUGCCCUGCAUGAGCACCACCUCUCCCCCACCCUGGGCUACAUCUGUGGCCCAGUCCGCUCCGGUCAGCAGUACGCUGACCCUGCCACCGGUGAGCCUGAGUUCCCGCCGAUAGGCUUGCGACACGCCCGCCUCCGGAGCACACCCUCCUCCUGCUACAGCGAAUGGGACAGCUCGCUGUGGAACACCUGGAGCUCCGUCACGGACAGCAACAUGGCCAGCGCUCGCACCAGCCUCAUCAGCUCGGUGGACAGCUGCUACACCAACGACAGCGCACACUUCGCCCGCCUGCUGGCUGCGGCGGCGGAGACCAUGAGUGGAGCCUCUCUGUCAGACUUCUCCCCGCCAGCCUCCCCCCUCAGCGCGUCGUAUCUGGCAUUCCGCACGGAGAGCGACUUGUUCAGCGAGCUGGAGCCGGUCCCUGCGUGGGACUGGAGCUCGGCCUGGGUGGAGGAGAUGGAGGCUCGGUGCAGAGCCCAGUAUCCUGGCAGGAACGGCAGACCCUUCGACGCUUAGGGACUCUGAAAGAUACAACGUGGCUGAAACACCUCACAGCAACGACCAGACAAACGGACAGACACGACUCUGGCUGACUUGAUUUCCCAGUCAAGAAUAAAUGCAUAUCUGGAUUUGAAAUAUAGUUGGAGCCAGCUCCGUGAUGUUUAAGACACGCUGCUUGUAGACAUCUGUAAUAGUUUUCCCAAUUUACCUCAGGGCAAUCUAGAUAACUUCCAUCCAGUCUCUGAAGUCUCCCCCCCUCCCGUAUCCUCUCUGCUCAUUAGAGAACAGCGUAAUGAGAGACUUCCCUCGGGAUGCUUUCACUGUGUUUUGAAAAGUGCCAGAAAGACACAACGACAGGAUGUGAGACGGUGAGGAAUCAGUCAUUAGGAAGAAGGAAUGCAGCGCUGGAGCUUUCUGUCCACACGUUUGUUUCUUAUCUUCAUUGUGUUGCAUGUUUUAUUAGAGUCCUCCACACAGAGCGGAGCAGAGGGACUUUGUACAGACUGUUUUCCUGAUCAAGUGUAUAUAUAUUCUGCAUAUUCAACAAAUGUUAUUUAAAGAAUUUCAAACGCAUUGCAAAUCAUUUUCUGCCUUUCCAGAUUAUUCUGGGAUUAUUCAUUUACAUUUUUUUAUAUUUUAAGAUUUUUUUUACACUUUUUAUGUUUGUAUCAGACAAAAUAUUCUGUAGUUCAGAAUAGCAGAAGUAGAAAAAGUUAUUGUUUAAAAGUCCUUUGUUCACAAUUAACUGAGCUAACUUGAGGUUUUAAAUAACUUUAAUUUUAGGAAGCAUUCAACAAAAGAUAUUGUGAAAGUUAUGCUGCAUUGAUUAGUCUUUGCAUGCUUUAUGUUUUAUAUAGAAAUGCACUAAUGUGGUAGAUGUUUUACAUUUCUAAGAAUUUGUGUUUUGUUCACUUAACAGAUGUAUUUUACAAUUUUGAAGAAGAACUUUGAAUUGAUUGAAAUCAGGUUUUACAUUUGGAACGCGUCCUGGCCGAGCUGUGAAAUAUAACUUCCUGACAUGUUGCAUGUUGUCUGCAACAAUGUUUGACUGAAGCUGAACUUAUUUUCCCCUUUUGACAUUGAUGUUUUCUCUUAUGUUGUCUUAAUUAAAACACCUUCAUACACGCUACAUUUUAUUGUGAAACAUCUACCAUACAGGAUGUAUCCGCAGCUUCUCCUAGAGGGUUUUUCACUCUGUCAGUCUCUGUGGAAGUGAAGGAAGUGAGGUAUCUGCACUACACUGUCCCUCUGUGGCCUGUGGGCAGGACUUCUGUUGACCCCUGCUGUUUAAAGGCUACGUGGAGCAUGGAGGGGAUGCUUAGAACUCAUCUGUUGGGCUUGAUUAACCAAGAGAAACAAUGCUGCUGCACCUGAUAAUGGCUGCUAAUUACAAAGCCGCUGGAGAGAAUAAUUAAACCAAUCCAUGUGUGUGUGUAUACAGAGACAGGGAGUGUGAUUCUAACUGUAGUGGAACGUUAAUGGCUCAUCUCCAAAAGAAAGAAAAGAUUUCACCUUCUCCCAGUUUAAAGCAGAUUACCUGCAAACACUUGAUAUUUCAGUCAAACCUCGCUGAGUCUUAUGAGUAUUGGGAAGAAAAGCUGUGAGGCCCACAGAUAUUCCAAUAUGUAUCUAAUCGAAUAUGAUUUUCCUCAAUGACUUUGUGUGAGUGAGUGUCUGGGGUCAAACGGGGAUGUUGAGCUAAGAAGUGCUUUGCUGUCUGUUUCUCUUAUCAGCUGCACAGGAGCAGCUGGACCACAGUGUGUCUGCAGUUCUACAAAUAAAGAAAAUGCACAAUUACAGUUGAAAAAAACCCGUCUGAGUUACUUAAGAUUAAGCACAGGAAUAAGACACAGCAAAGACUUCUAUAGGGAUUAUAAUCCUAAAGCCUGUGUUCAGAUCUCUACAGAUGGAUCUAAUGAGCAGCAAACAUGCAGCAGGUGGGAUUAACAAGAGGAUCGUUUGAAUGUGAGUACUGUUGAAUUGUUACCAUGUGGAUGACAUUAAAAGGAAGUGAACAGGUCAGCUGCAGUAAUAUUACAUCAUAGCUACAGCCAGAAGUCAUCAGGAUCUGCUUUGUGAAUAUUAACUCCACAAUGGUUUGGCAAAACAAUCGCAGCACACCGGUAUCCUGAGAGGAGAGCAGACAGGGUAUCAAUGUCAGAGGGAUGUUCAGACAUAUGGGACCAAAGUGGAAUAAGGAAGUAACGGUAAUAAGGUUGAACAUUGGACACAGAAACCUGAACAGAACACUUGUUAUCAAAGGAAAUCUUUUUGCAAUCUAUCAUGCAGAGAAUUUACACCGGAGGGACAGGAAGUGAUCAAACUAUUACAGAAAAGCAUGGCAGCGUUAAAGGGUUAGUGGAGACAGUGAGCUGGGGGGACGUGGUUAUUUCAGGACGACUGAUGAAACCUGAAGGUGGCAGUAAUGCAACAUCAUGGAUGCCAAA